AUGCCAUCCCGCUCGCCUCCCUCGCCUACUCUGCUCAUCUCCCUCCGCUCGCCAAAUCCUGCAGCCACCACCACCAGAGCAGACCCGACCACCAGGAUGCUCAUGACCGCAGCCGCCUUGCACAUGGACUCUGCCCUGCCACCCUCCUCCUCCACCUCGCCGGCGCCGCCAUGGCUCCCCGUCCUUGCCGAUGGUAACCACCAUCACCAGCUCCUCCGCGACUUCACGGCCUCCUCCGCUCCAUCCCAGUCGACGCCCUCCACCGCGGCGCCGCCGAGCCACCACCACCACCUCCGCACCGCGGCUACCGCAACCCGUCGCAGCGCCACGAAACGCCGCCCGCGCCCGUCGCGGAAGCUGCCCACCACCUACAUCACCGCCAACCCCACCAGCUUCUGCCGCAUGGUGCACCAGGUCACCGGCGCCGACGACCUGCUGCCUGCGCAUCCUCCGGAAGCCGCUCUCUGCCGCCCGGCGCCCUACCGCGCUGGUGCCGCCGGCCCGGGCGGCGCGCUGACGACGCUGCCCACGCUCGACACGUCGGCGUUUCUGCUCGGCGCGGCCGGAUCCGGAGUGGCCGCGCCGUGCGCGGCCUCGGCCGGGUUUUCCACGGCGGCGCCAGCGGUGGAUCGGGCGGAGGCCGGUGGACCGCCUGGAGGGGCUCGCAACUACAGCAGCUGUGGUGGCUUCCCGACCUUGGAUUCCUGGGAUGCUCAUCUCUUCUAG